AGCAAACGCGUGCUUAUGUAAGAGUUCACGAAGCCGCCUGCGGGACAUGAGACGCACACUUUGGUGAAAUGGGACAGAAACGCAGGGUGACGCAGGGACGAGGAGAGGGAGGAGACGCACAAGGACGAGGAGGCCCGUGGACAUCUGCGUUCAGGUAACAAGCUGUGACAGCGGGGAUGCGAGUUACGUGCGAGGAGGACGUGGGUGCGGGCCGUUCUGUUAGAACACACGGCACCCGAGGGACCAGCUGCACCCCCCCUGCUGCAGGUCUCCCAUGACAUGAACCCCAGCCAGUGUCCAGCAGCACACGUGAAACGUGACCCUGCUGCCGCCACGCUUCACUUCCACCCUCAUGAUGUCCCAUGCAAAGCUCGGAACCGUCCUCUCGUAACAUCUGGGUUUGCUCUGGGUCCAGAUGCAGUAACAUGAUGUAACAUUUAGUUUUCACUGUAGGAUAUUUUAUAGAGCAACUAAGCUAAUAUAUUAACCAUCAUGUUUUAGUGUGCAACACCUGGUCUGCUCUUUGCUGCUACUCGCUCUCACCCCUCUCACCCCUUCCCCUCCUCCCCUCCCUCACACACCCGGUACUCCCUCCAUCCUCAAACACUGGACAUCUUUGUGCGUCUGUGUGCGUCCCCGUGUCACCAGAUCGCCCGCCUUUGUCCAGCUUUGACAUUCUUGACAUGUUUCUGCAAUGAAUCCACGAAGCAAACGCAAACAAGCCUCGUCAUAUGGUCCCAAUCACGUCGCUGUCGUUCAGUAAUGUGGGCGACCGAAGGCUUCACGUCCGUACUCCAGCUCCCUCUCUCUCUGCUCACCUGUGCAGGCUGGGCGAUCAGUUCUACCAGGAGGCCAUCGAGCACUGCCGCAGCUACAACGCGCGUCUGUGCGCCGAGCGCAGCGUGCGCAUGCCCUUCCUGGACUCUCAGACCGGGGUGGCGCAGAACAACUGCUACAUCUGGAUGGAGAAGUUCCAGCGGCGGCCAGGCCAGGCAGCGGGACAGAUGUAUACCUACCCUGCCCGCUACUGGAGGAAGAAGAGGCGACUCCACCCGCCCCUUGAUCCCCAGCUACGGCUGUGCGAGCUUCGGCUGGAGGCUGAACUGGCUCCGAAGCGCGAGGGGACCCAGGGGGAGGCCACGGCCCUGGAGGCCCUCCUGAGGGGGGAGAGCCUGCUGGAGAAGAAGAGCAGCCUCAGCAAGGACGAGGAAACGCUGAUGGAGAUUCAGAGAGUCCUGGAGGCCGAGGAGAACGGGGAUGGUUUCCACGACGACGACGACUUCGAGCUGGACGCGCCGAAGAGGAAGAACAGGAACAGAGGCAAAAGCAGAGGAUCGAGCCGCAGGAGGACGGAGCUCGUUAACGCUGACGACCAGGACAAACCUUACGUCUGCGAUAAUAGAUACAAACAAAAGCAUAACUCAAAAAAGGCUGAAGAAGUCUGUGGGAAGCGCUACAAGAACCGCCCUGGACUGAGCUACCACUACACCCACACCCACUUAGCAGAGGAGGAGGGCGAGGAGGAGAAGGAAGCGGAGCUGGCGGCGUCCCCUCCGCCGAGCUCCGACAACCACAAACCUCAGAAGGGCCCGGACGGGGCCAUCGUCCCCAACGACUACUGUGACUUCUGCCUGGGAGACCAGGACUCCAACAGGAAGACGGGCCAGGCCGAGGAGCUGGUGUCCUGCUCCGACUGCGGACGCUCCGGGCACCCCACGUGCCUGCAGUUCACCGACAACAUGAUGCAGGCGGUGAGGACGUACCAGUGGCAGUGCAUCGAGUGCAAGUCGUGCAGCCUCUGCGGCACCUCGGAGAACGACGACCAGCUGCUGUUCUGCGACGACUGCGACAGAGGAUACCACAUGUAUUGCCUGAAGCCCCCGAUGACCCAGCCUCCUGAAGGGAGCUGGAGCUGCCACUUGUGUCUGGAUCUGUUAAAGGACAAGGCUUCAGCAUACGGAGAAGCAUAACCAACAAUCUCCUCCACACGUCAUGACUAUGAAUAUAUUUGUACAUAUACAUAAAGUUGUUUGACAUACGUUAGGUAGAGCUUUCUGUUGGAUAGAAUCAAGCACAAACCCCCCUCUUGUCUGAAACACGCUCCGGUGCCUCAGCAGGCUCAGGGCAGUUUCCUGUGUGAGGCACAGCGCUCCUCUACCUCUCGUUUAACUACGUGUGCACAGCGCUCCAUAUGCAAACGCCAUCAGCAUCCAGUCUCCAUCAUAAGGCUCGCUACCUCACCGCUCAGGAACCGGCACGAAGCCAAAGACAGAUUGAUGGCAGUCAGAUCUGGGUCGCUCACUAGUACUGUACGUGGGGUUUAAAUUAAACAUUGGAACCCUCUGGGCGUCUCUGCGCAGUCGGCGUGAUUUGAGCGAUGUCUCGUCCAGAGUGUUUGCUGAAGGUUUUUUCACUUGCUUCCUCUGCUGCACAAGCUCCACCGCGGGGAGACCUGAGUGGAUUCGACUAAUGUUUGUUUAGGUUUUUGCCCUCGCAGCUCCGCUCCCGUCCUGUGUUUGUACGUAGCAGUGACUUUCCCUCUUCGUAUCUGGACAGACUCAGAGCUGACAGCGUCUGUCGGGCUUGGUGAAAUUUACGUUGGACGCGAACAGGAAGCAGGAGCGAUAAUGCAGACGCGGACAGGCGCGUUUUUUGAUCCACAUCUGUUUUCUUUAUCUCCACAGUGCAAUACGUCUUUACUUCAUCACUUCAUUAAGGAACAACAAAAACACUUUGGUACAAUGAGCUCACUUCACCUAUUAUAUACAUAGUCUCAUAUGUUUUAAUAAAUAAACACCAGCAAAAUUAGCAAAUCUGUGACAGGUCUUAUAUGAGGAAGCGUUUAUGGUGUGGGCUUUUUUGUAUGAUUGUUUUAUUAGUUUCAUGUCAAAACCUAAUGUAUUCACAAAUAUUGUAAAUGUUUGCAACAAAACAGCACAAACAGGACGAAACAAGCUCUAAACUAAAAGACGACACAUUCGCCUUUUUAAUUUUUGCAAACGUAACGUUGCUUUUCCACUGACAAUCAUAGAUAGAUGGCAUUAAUAACAUGCAUUUUUAUUGUGUUUUUUUCAUUGUGGAUUUAAGGACCAUUUGCGUCAUCUUUAUCUGAUGCCAUGGGAUUUAAAAUGUCUGAUAAAGUAAAUGUUUGUAUGUGUUGAAAUAAAGAUGCUUCCAUUA